AAGUUAGCAAUCAGUGAAGGAAAGGAAACGAAGGCUAAUGCAAAUUAUAAGUUACUAGUAAAUGUAUUUGAAGAGUAUUCCAACCACGUUAAUGGGCGAUGCCAAGGUGGAUUCGACUGCGAUCCUAAUAGCACAUUAACUUGUGUCCCUCUAUCUGCGAUUCGUGAUUGCAUUACAGAUUGUCCUAAUUCUGCUGACGAAAAAUGUGGUGAAAAUGAAAUUUUAUGCGAUGAAUUGACGAAAAAAGGCUGUGGCAAAUGUGUGCGAAGUGAUCAACUUCAAACACGCUGUAGCGAUCGACGAUGGCGAGGUCUUUGUUCCGAACCCAAUCAUUUUAAGUGCAUACACACACAGAAUUGCGUACUACCACAGUGGAUUAACGAUGGUAUCGAUGACUGCGCUGAUGGAUCAGAUGAGGGUAUUUGUGCAAAUGAUAGCAUUACAUGCGCAAAACCAACAGAUAAACCAUCAUUGGUGCCGGCGCCACUAAAUUUUUACGGUGAUAAUUAUGCACCCGAAAAACACAUAGGCAAAUGUUUAGAAGGUGAAUUUAAAUGUCUUAGUGGUAACGAAUGUAUUCAAAUUGCACUUGUUCUCGAUGGAAUUUAUCACUGCAGUGAUAAAAGCGAUGAAAACUAUUGUGAAAAACUCUCGAAAGGAGAAGAAGAUUGCCCAAAUCGCUCGCAGCCAUGCAGUUUUGAUCCAAAUAUUGCUUCAUUUACUUGCGGUUGUUCAGCUGGAAUGAUCCGUUCAGCUAACGGCAUUUGUUUACCAAUUUAUGCACCGCAGUAUCCUGCUGAUUGUGCUGAUUUGCAACAUCGUUAUCAUACUAUUCGUUCUGGCUUAUACACUGUAUAUGACUGGAAAUGUCCUCAGCCAAAUAAGUGUAAUUUUAGCGUCAUAUGUGAUAUGGAGAUAUAUGGUGGUGGUUGGACGAUUGUAAUGCAAAGAUUGAAUACUUCAACGAAUUUUUCAAGGAAUUCAUUUGAUUAUGAGCAAGGAUUUAAUUUAGACGAAAAUAAUUUUUGGAUAGGUUUGUUUACUGUUGAUGAUUUAAUUGAAAGCCGAAUGUCACCCUUUUUAACGACUGAACAAACGAAUUGCAAAUCAGGUGGUGGUUGGUGGGUGAAACGAUGCAAUCAGAAGGGAGUGCUCACUGCCACGAACCAAGCUCAAGCCGAUUAUCCAGGAAUAACAUGGAGCGGACACCGUCUUUCAGAAGUUCAAAUGUUAAUCCGGCCUCGAGCUUAUAUUCCUCCAGCGAAAAUAAUUCACUAA